GAGCUGCUUCGGGAGUGUUGCACGGGCGAGGGAAGAGGCAGGAAGGGAGGCGGCUGAUUGAUACCCUGAGGCCGGGGCGGGUUUGGGUGAGCUCCGUGGCGGAGCUCUCCGAAUAGCCGCCCUUCCUGCAACCGACACCGCGGCGGGCGGGGUCCCGAGCAUGGCGGAGUCGACAGCCAGCGUGGGAGCCACAGCGACUGUCACCGAGACUGAGGUGACUGAGCCGGAGAAUCGCAGUCUCACCAUCAAGCUAAGGAAACGAAAGCCGGCCAAGAAAGUGGAGUGGUCAAGUGACACAGUGGACAAUGAACACUUGGGACGUCGGUCUUCUAAAUGCUGCUGCAUCUACGAGAAGCCACGGGCUUUCGGUGAGAGCUCGACAGAGAGUGAAGAUGAGGAUGAUGAAGGCUGUGGCAAUGCGCACUGUAUCCGGGGCCACAAGAAAGGCCAGCGGGGGAAGGCACGGGAUAAAGCAGGAGACGCUGGUCCCUCAGACAGCAGCCCCCAGAAGUCAGAGCCACCUGACCAAAACCACGCUGGGGCCAUGCAGCAUUGAACCCCCCCUGCUGCAGUGUGGGGGGAGAGCCCCAACUCCAACCCUGACCAGGGACUGACGCCGCCCCAAUUCUGGGGCAAGGGGGGGGGAGGGCAAGGCAGGGCACAUGCAUCCAGCCCCCCCAUCUGUCUUGUGCCGGUGCUCACGCCACGCCAACUUUGGGGGGGGGGAGGGCACGGGCAUCCUGCUCCCGUCUGUCUUGUGCCAGUGCUGCUGCUGUCGUCUUAUUUGUCCAUCUGUGGCUGGUGAGUCCGUCUGGUGCUGCCUGUCCCACCCCACGUGGAAUGUAUUGACAGAGCCAUCCAGUUCUUUGGCUGAAUUUUUUUUGUCUGCUUCUCAAUUAAAUAUUUGUAUCGGUGAUGAUCCAGGUGGGAAAUGGGUGCUGCUUUGGAAGGGGUGGUGAUGGAGACCCCUUUGUCCAGCACAGGUGGCCCCUGACCUUACUCCCCGAACCUUGUCUUGGAGCCCCUUCCUCCAGCACCUCUGAUUUCUGCCAACGUACCUGCAUACCGUCCCACUUCUUCCCAGCUCCCGGCCUCUCUGUCCUUCCGUACCCUGCCUUUGCUUUCUCUCUCACUGUGCCUCAGCUGUUAAGAUUCCUCUGGGUACCAGCUCCACUGCCUUCAUCUGUGUCCCCUUGCUGUUUAGUCGCAGCUUUGGAGAUGAAUGUGACACACAGCUAGCAGUCUUCUUGGGACAGCCUCCAGUUCUCCCUCCUGCCCUAAAUUUUUCCAGAGACCAGAAAUAGAAGCCUUGAUUCCACUUCCUUGUCGCUUCCUGACUAUCUUUGUUGUUUACAAGUAUGUCUUUCUAAGAGGAUACCUUUUCCCUCUGAUUGUUUUUUUUUUGUUUUAUUGCACUUUUUGUUGUUAUUGCUGUGGAAGCCUGUAAGAUUUUGUCUUGUUUGGGAGAGUGGAAGUAAGGGGGAAUCUGGAAAGGGGAACAGAGUCCAUGGGAUAUGCUAUGGCUUGGAUUGUAAAGAAUGUUAAUGUUUCUUUGAGUUGUAUGUGGUCUAGUACAUUGGGGAAGGAGGUAUGAACAAGUCUACUGUCUUGUGGAAUUUUACAUUUGCAUCACAAGGCAAGACAAAACCUCUAGGAGUGAUAAACCACUGUUGUCACUAUUACUUAUUUAGAAUAUUUUUUAUCCUGCCUCUCCAAAAUCAUGUUCGGGGGUGGCUAAUAAAACCAAGAUAAAACCAAUAAAUACACACUUGAAAAUGAA